AGGCCAGUUAUUUUCUUUUUAUUAUGAAUUUAUUUUAUUUGUUGUAGUUUCAUUUUGCCCUCGCCGUAAAAACGUUAUCGGGUUUUGGCGCGUCACAACUUUUUGAAUUUGAAUCUCGCCGACGAAAAUAAAACGAAAAGCUCUCUUCACAGAAUAAUACCACCUGUUUAACGAGCUUUUCUGUGUCGUUGGUUAUUAUCGUCGUUUGUGUUUCGAUUUUUCCUCCCUUCGGCUGUGGUGGUUAAACGAUGAAGAGGGUAUUAAAUUUUCCAAGCACCGUUGAGUCAGUAGUGAUUACCGAAAACUUGAAACGUUAGCAGCUAACCAACCAACCAAUCCGCCAGUUAUGAUGAGACAUUGAAAAAGUGCCGGUUAAUCAGUUCGUUUUCGAGUCGUUUUCUUUGUUAAAAUAUUAAAUUAAAAUAUUGGUUGGAUUGGCUAAUGCCAUAAUUCGUCAUUUAAUAAUGGAAAUAAUUCGAAUGACUAAGAAAAGUACAAAAAUACCAAAAUGAUAAAUUUGUGAUGAGUAUUAAAAAACAUAAACCAAAAAAGGUUAAAAAAAAACAAAAACAAAAACAACAAAAAGUGCCAUAACAACGUUGUUGCCUUAAAACUUGCCACCACGAAAAAAAACGCUGAAUUUCAUGUAAUUGAAUACCAAAAUACCGCCGGGUUAUUCUCAACUCUACACACAUGCAUAACUUAUACUUGCGCAUUAAAACCCACCUAAGCGUCUUAACCUCCCAAAAUUCCUCCAAUACCUCACCCCUCAAAAAACCCCCCUCCGGAACACCCAGUGUCGUGACGACACCUGCAUCGGCCACAACAACACCACGUCAUCGCCAUAACUCGGCACCGGAUAUGGAAUUGCAACGUUCGCGUUCGCUGAAAUCGAUACGUGUUCGAAAAAUCUCAAAGGGUUCACUGAAAUCCUUGCGACGUGGCACUGUCUGUGUCACCGUCAGUACACAUGCAUCGUCGGUGUUCUAUGACACCGAUACAGAGGGCGAUUACAUAAAACAUCCUGUCCUCUACGAGCUAAGCUACAAAUAUGGUUUCACAGACAAUUUGCCCGAAAGUGGCCUGCCCAGCCGCCUGGAGGAUAUCAAAGAAGCAAUACGACGAGAAAUACGAAAAGAGUUGAAAAUCAAAGAGGGCGCAGAGAAGCUGCGCGAAGUUGCCAAAGAUCGUCGUUCGCUGAACGAUGUUGCUGCCAUUGUCAAGAAGAGCAAUAAUAAAAUUGCCGAGCUAAAAUCGGAACUGCAGGAGCUGGAGUCACAGAUUCUCCUGACGCAGGGCAAUGAUCGAGACAUCCUCUCACCCACCACACCCAAUGCCAGCCUGGGUGGCAAUUCCAGUGACGGCAACACCGGCGAGGGUAACGGUCUCAUAUCCGGUGGCCACGAACAGCUCAGCGCCAACGACAAGCUACUGCUUUCGCUCGAAAAACAACUCAACAUUGAAAUGAAAGUGAAAAACGGAGCCGAAAAUAUGAUCCAAUCACUGCAGAGUGGCCACUAUGGGCGUGACAAAAAGCUGCUGGGCGAGGCCCAACAAAUGCUGACAGAUUCUAAGGCGAAAAUCGAAUUCCUACGUUUGCGUAUACUGAAAGUCAAGCAGAACAAGGAGCAUGCCUACAAACUGUCGCAGCAGGUGGCCAUGGAUGCGGCCGACAAUGGCGGCAGCAGUGGACCCGGCAGUGCGGGUGGUCUGCUGCCGCAACGUUUGGAGACCUCGCUGGAGGAGAGAAUCGAAGAGUUGCGGCAUCGUUUGCGCAUCGAGGCCGCCGUUGUCGAUGGAGCGAAAAAUGUGAUACGCAUUUUACGAAAUAGUAAAGUGCCAGAUAAAAAGGCUUUGCAAGAGGCCCAUGCCCGUCUAUCGGAAUCAUCCCGCAAACUUGAUCUCUUGUGUCAUUCAUUGGACUUGCGACGUCUUGAAUUACCAGCCGAAUCGGUGGCCGCUCAACAGCUGAAAAGUGAACUGCAAUCGGUGCAGCAGGCCUCGUCGCCGGUGCCCUUCAACUACACCUCACUGCAGCCCUUCCAUGCUGGUCUCUUGGGAGGUAAACCGUACCAACAGGUCUCCACACUGGGCCGAUGUGCCAGUGUGACGGGCAAACUUGAAGUCCGCCUAAUGGGUUGCCAAGGUCUGCUGGAGGAUGUGCCCGGUCGUUCGCGCCGUGAUAAAGACAACAACUCUAGUCCGGGUGAUUUGCGUAGUUUCGUCAAGGGUGUCACCUCACGCAGCAGUUCGAAAAGCUACUCCGUCAAGGAUGAGACCUCAUCAGAAAUAAUGGCCGUCAUCAAACUGGACAACAUGACAGUGGCCCAAACCUCAUGGAAGCCCUGUUCGCAACAAGCCUGGGAUCAGCGAUUCUCCAUUGAUCUAGACCGUUCCCGUGAAUUGGAAAUCGGCGUUUACUGGCGCGACUGGCGUUCAUUGUGUGCUGUCAAAUUCUUGCGUCUCGAAGAGUUCAUUGACGAUGUGCGACAUGGCAUGGCCCUGCAGCUGGAGCCACAGGGUCUGCUCUUUGCAGAGAUUAAAUUCUUGAAUCCCAUGAUUUCACAGAAACCCAAACUAAGACGCCAGCAAAUGAUUUUCAACAAACAGCAGGUCAAGAACAUACCACGUGCCAAGCAGAUGAACAUCAAUGUGGCCACCUGGGGCAGAUUGCUGAAGCGCAAUGCACCCUCCAAUACCAUUUUGGCUGGGGGCAAAAUGCCCGCCACCAACCGGGACAGUGAGUCGCCCAUUUCACGUACCCCUUCGUCGGGCACCAUCGAUCAAGAACCCGAACCCUAUUCACCUGGCAUAUUGGCUCAAAACAUGCAAUACGAUGCCGAGGCAGGUAGUACCGAACACAUUGAGACACCCGGUGAGUGUCCAGAUCCUUCGGUAUCUGGCCUAAGUGGUAAACGUCCAUUGUCUAUGCAAGGCAUUGCCGCCCUGCCACCCGAGGUAACAUCACCACCGCAACAAAAGAACACAGCUGCUGCCAAUAAUAAUCUACACCUGACCAUACCCGGGAAAUUGACGCAGCUCAAUCCCAUACCUAAACCACCAACCAGUGCUGGUUCGAAACAAACAACACCCACAGAUGUGGUGCCACCACCGGUGCCAGCCACAUCACCACCUAAAUUGGAUCAAGAGUUACAGAGCGCGUUGAGUGAGUUUGACUUUCUAAAUCAAUUGGAUUCGCAACCCAAUACUUUACAGCGUCCCCAUCAUCACAACCACAACCAACAGCAGCAGCAACAACAGCAAAUGCGCUCUCCAUUGCCAGCGCAACAACAGGCGCCUCCACAGCAGCAGCAGGCACAGCCGCCGCAACAACAACAACAACCACCGAAACCUCAGCAACAAAUGUUGCAACAUUACAUUGCCUCAACCAAACAUCAAGCGUCACAACCGCAACAACAACAGCAGUCACAACAACAAAACUCCCAGGAGCCUCCAUCACCCGGCUCUGGCCUAUAUCACCGUCCAGUACUGACCAUGCCGCCCGUUGUCAUAAUGGGUGGCGACGGUGGUGGCGGCGGCCAUGACUUGGGCAGCCCCAUCAUUGAAAUGCCCCCCUCCCCGGCACCCAUUGUUGAAUAUCCAGAUGACGAGGAUUACAGCAAUUAUCAUCGCCAUUAUAGCAUAGGCGCUGCCGAUGGUUUCCAUGUUGAGGCCCACAUAAAUCUUGUUCACAUAACAAUUGAACCGACCAUUCCCCUAAGUUUAACAACAACAACGACAUCUCUGAACAAAGCUUGCUCCUCAUCAUCGUCAUUGUCCUUGGCAAAUGUUUCAUCUGAAUGUGUGGCUUCUUCGCUGCCUCCUCCUCCUCCGUCAAGGCCAAUAUCAUCAGCAUGCAAUGAAGUUAAAACUAAGCCACAGCAUGAAGAACAGCAACACCAAGAAAAACAACAACCACAAACAAUAUUACAUACUAGCAAUGGUACAACAACACCACCACCACCUCUGCCUCCUCCAUCAAAUAGAAAUUCGGCAAAUGUACCAUUGUCUUUCCCUCCCAUUGAUAUUGCGGCCGGAACUUCUCCAACUAAAACUUAUAUCACCACUGUUGAACAUUUCAUUACCGCUAACGAAGAUGAAAAAUAUAACCCAGAAAUUAAGGUUAUACCCCAGUUUAGUAAUGUUUCGAUUAGCAACAACAACAAUAAUAUACAACAACAGCAACAACAUUCUUCAGAACCAUCACCAAUAAUACAAGAGCCUCAAACACCCAUUGUUUAUGGUGGCCAUUUGUCGGCCAGCGAGGCCAAUGCACCACAUUUCCCACAACCUGCUCAACGUCAACAAAACUAUCAGCCGCCUUCGCAGCAGCAACAGCCCCAAUCUUCGGCCGUUGGCCAGCAGCAGCCGAUUUAUCAAAAUCAAUUUGAACUACAAAAUGCUGCAGCCGCCGCUGCAGCUCAAGCCAAUUCAAGGCGUAAUGUGGCCCGUGGCCUCCAAUAUCGUGACUCGGCCUAUGAAUCACGCCGUCAAUCACAAAAUAUCACUGCACCACCUGGCAUUUUGUCAAUGGACAACUUCCGCAUGUUGAGCGUCCUGGGUCGUGGCCACUUCGGCAAAGUCAUACUCUGUCAGUUGCGUACCAAUAACCAGUACUAUGCUAUCAAAGCUUUAAAGAAGGGCGAUAUCAUUGCCCGCGACGAGGUGGAAUCAUUGCUCAGUGAGAAACGCAUCUUUGAGGUGGCCAAUGCUAUGCGUCAUCCGUUUUUGGUUAAUCUAUAUGCCUGUUUCCAAACGGAGCAACAUGUUUGUUUUGUCAUGGAAUAUGCCGCUGGUGGCGAUCUAAUGAUGCACAUCCACACCGAUGUUUUCUCCGAACCUCGUGCCGUUUUCUAUGCGGCCUGUGUGGUAUUGGGUCUACAGUAUUUGCAUGAAAAUAAAAUCAUAUAUCGUGAUUUGAAAUUGGAUAAUUUACUAUUGGAUACGGAGGGUUAUGUAAAAAUUGCCGAUUUCGGUUUGUGCAAAGAAGGCAUGGGCUUUGGCGAUCGCACUGGCACAUUCUGUGGUACACCCGAAUUCUUGGCACCUGAAGUAUUAACCGAGACGUCAUACACACGUGCCGUCGACUGGUGGGGCUUGGGUGUAUUGAUAUUUGAAAUGUUGGUGGGAGAGUCACCCUUCCCUGGCGACGAUGAGGAGGAAGUUUUCGAUUCAAUUGUCAAUGAUGAAGUGCGCUAUCCACGAUUCUUAUCAUUGGAAGCCAUUGCUAUUAUGCGAAGGCUCCUACGUAAAAAUCCUGAACGACGUUUGGGUUCAUCGGAACGUGAUGCUGAAGAUGUGAAACGGCAGGCAUUCUUCCGUUCAAUAGUUUGGGAUGAUUUGUUAUUACGCCGAGUCAGGCCACCAUUUGUGCCUACAAUUACCCACUUGGAAGAUGUAUCCAAUUUCGACGAAGAAUUCACUUCGGAAAGACCACAAUUGACACCACCAAAGGAACCACGUGUUUUGACUGAUGAAGAGCAAAUGUUCUUCCAAGAUUUCACAUACACUGCAGAUUGGUCUUAAUAAAGUUAACAUGAAAUGGAAAAAAAGGACCAACCAACCAACCACUAACACCAAGGACAUUACCACCAGAACCAUCAUUAACAGAACAUCAAUAAUAACAACAAUUAUUAAAAAAAGGAAACAUUUCUUUACGAAAAGUUUUCUUUGGGUUAUAUGCUAUUAAGCCACCCUCCGUUCAAUUACGGCGGUUGUACAUUUCUUUUAUUUUAUUUUUUUUUCGUAUAAUUUAUAAAGUUGUUAAUUACUAAAAGACCUUCAAAGUUCGGAGUUUAUCCUUAUUAUCCACACAAAAUUGUAAGUGUUUCAUUUCUUUAUUAGUUUUUUAACCAAUCUUGGCGAUAAUCAUGUAUUCUUUUUUAUAAUUUUUUAGCAUCCUUUCUUUUAAAUUUUAUUAUUUUUUUGCUUCUUUUGAGCAUAAAAAACUUGUUUUUUAGUUAGAAAAGAAAACAAAUUAAAGAAAAAAAACCUCUAAACUUAGUAACAAAAGAGAAAAACAAAAGCAUGUUGCCUUUUAAAAUUAUUCGGAUUAAAGUAAAAACAAAUAAGUUAAAACUACAAUAACUUUGAAUGAUAAAAUUGAAAAUAUAAAUUAAAAUACAUAACAAGCUCUCACAUUAUAACAAAUUGAAGAAGAGUAUAAAUUAUUUAUAUAAUAUAUAGUUAAAACUAAACUAAAAAAGAUAACAAUUUAUUAUUUGUGAAAAGAAGAUGAAGAAGAAAGAACCUUAAAUAAGAGGGGGAACGUUAACGAAUUCAAAAAAAUAUUAAAAAAAAUGAAUUCAUGAAACUUGAAAAAAAGCCCAUUUGAAAUACAUUAUGCGUUAAAAAAAAUAAAUAAAAACUAAACAAUAACAAUUUUAAAUUAAAAUAAGCAUUUAAAGAUUAUAGUAACUAGAGUAUAACUAAACCCAACAACCACAACAACAAUUAUAUACAUUUAUAGAAACCCUGAAAAUGGAAAACAAUUCUAUGCGUUUGCAAGCAAAACAAACAUAUUUGUAAAAAAACAACAUAAUUUUAAAGAUAUAUCUUACAUAAGUCAUAAUUCUACUAACUCUGCUGUAAAUCAUCAUCAACUAACCUCAACUGCUCCUACCUUCCCCCUCCCCCAGGAUAUGAUGCCCCAUUCAUUUCAUCAACUUAGUCACUUUCACUCGCACCUCUGUAGAUAAUAACAAAAAGUGAUCCCUCCGCCCCCCAAAACAGAAAAAAACAUCAAGUUGGCAGCCAUGUCCAACCUGCCCUCUCCAUCCAUCCAUCCAUUUUGUCUGUUUGCCUCCCACCCCAAAACGUUAACUAUUUGCUCAUCAGUUUCUCAAACAUAGUCCUAUUUUGUUUUCAUACCCUUAUUUAUAUAUACAUAUUAUAACUAUAUUCUACAUUAUUUUUAUUAGAAAAUUUCAUUUUGUUUUUAACGCAAAAAAAAGUCAAAACUUUUAAUUCAAUUUAUAUUUUUUGUAUCAUUAUUAUUUUUCUGAAUAUGUGUCUAAACACAUUUAAAAAAACACAUUCGGUUUCUUUAUUUUCCCUUAAUUUUAUUCUUUAUUUAGUUAUUUACUUUAUCUAUUUUUUUUUUGCUUUGUUCCCUUCAGCAUUAAUUAUUAUUUUUAAUUUAAUUUUAUUAUUAUCAUUAUUAUUAAAAUUAUUAUUUUUUGUGUAUUAAGAGAAAAAACAAAAAACAGAACAGAAAACAACAAUGUGUUAAGGUUUUUAUUUUUAUUUAAUCAUUUACACAUGUAAUAAGUAAUGUUGACACUAUAAAUAAAAUAAUCAUUAUUUAAAA